AUGAUUCAACCCCAAACCUAUUUGAAUGUUGCGGAUAAUAGUGGGGCUCGAGAAUUGAUGUGUAUUCGAAUCAUAGGAGCUAGCAAUCGUCGAUAUGCACAUAUCGGCGACAUUAUUGUCGCUGUGAUUAAAGAAGCAGUGCCAAAUAUGCCCCUAGAAAGAUCAGAAGUGGUCAGAGCUGUAAUUGUACGUACCCCUAAAGAACUCAAACGUGACAACGGUAUGAUAAUUCGAUAUGAUGAUAACGCUGCAGUUCUUAUUGAUCAAGAAGGAAAUCCAAAGGGAACUCGCGUUUUUGGUCCGAUCGCUCGGGAAUUGCGACAGUUAAAUUUUACUAAAAUAGUUUCAUUGGCUCCUGAGGUAUUAUAA